ACAAGGAUCGGAGCGAUCAAGCGACAAACCGGUGGUUACUUUAGAGUCAAGGGCUGGAUUUCCUCGACUCGCGGGGGCAAAGCGCCCAGGAGAUGCGAAUUAGAAAGAGAGGUGGAGAUGGGGAAGGUCAUCGAUGGAUGCGAUGCGAUGCGAUAUACUUCCAGCGGAAUCACGAUCCAAGCCCAAGCCCAAGCCCAAGCCCAAGCCUAAGACCCGGACCAGGGUCAGGGCCAAAGGUUCCGCCAAUCCACCAGCGCAAACCAAAAACCAAACCCAGUCAAAAACAUACCCAACAGAACAUCAACACCCACGACCAACCGGACAAAUGAGCAGAUACAUACAUAUAUCCUUCAUCCUCAGACCCUCCCUGACAACCACCUCCCGACCCCCCCACCCCUCCACUUUCCAACCCAGCCCCCUGAUGCACCAUACCUGCACUAGUCAACUAAUAUCCCUCCCCUCAUUUCUUUCUGCCCAACAAUCCGACUUACAUUGGCUCCUAUGUUCCGGAAACAUUUCUUCUGUUGUUCAAUUCUCAAAUAAUAAUGGCGCAUACGUGUGGAAUGGUGGAUUGCUAGCGGAGCCUGGAAACAUCCGGCAUGAGUACGAGUACGAGCAUGAGUAUUUCUUGGGGCGUUGGACUUUUCUGUUCCUUGAUGUUCCAGGUCUGGAGGACCUGGCUUUAAUGUGGUAGCUGAGCGGUAGCGGUGGGAUAGAUGAUACACGAGAAUCCGAGUUGUUUCUUACUCUAACGCAUACUCAAGUAUGAUGCGGUGCGGUAGUGUAGUGGACCUUUGUGGGAGUCUUGUUGACCCCUUCCAAAAAGCAUGGGGUAUUUAAUGGUACGGGUAUGGGGAAAGGGCCAGGGAAAGGGUAGCAUAGUAUACAGAAACCUUCCCGAGUCAACCGUUGCGUCUGCAUUACAACGCGGUGGGUCAAGUAGCACCACCACCACCACACCGCUGGACGGGAGUCUGGAGUACAGUCCACAUAUCGAAAUCCAGGUCCUUGAAAAAGCGGAGGGGGAGGGGAGUGUCGCAGGGUAGGUAUACUACACCCACGACAGCCAGAUCUCACUCCGGUACCCUGGACUACCUUUAC